AUGCCGAGCCUGAUUAGCAUCCUCUCCUCUCAGAGCUCCUCGCGCUUCGCCAAUGCCCUCAGCAAGGAGACUCGCCGCUUUUCAUAUGCCCGCUCCGUCGCCCUCUCAACACCACGUUCCCUCGUUCCCGCAGCAAUUACAGCACCAGCUGUAUCAGCUGCCGCCAAUGCCGAUCGCGCAGCACUCGAUCCCGCGCGAGAGCGAUUCUCACGGCAUUUCCGCGAAUCCCGUCGUUGCGGGCUGCAUCUGAUUCGCGGCGACGCGUUCGACCUCCGGCUGCAAGACCCGUCGACCAUGGCCGUAUCACGCGCUGACGUGGCUGGCGACGCGUCGAUCUCAUCCUCAAUUCGCCUAGCGGAUCUGAUUUCCGAGUAUUUUGAAGAUUGCGAUGAGGAGAGCGACGCGCUCGACGGCUUGACGACGCUUAGAACGGAGCGCAGCGCGCAGGCGCAGUUCCACGAAACAGCAUCCUUUCUGCCCGCCAUGAAUCACGCGCGCUCAAACCUGGGAUCGCUAGGCGAGGAGGCGAAUCAACGGCUGUCAGCAGAUUAUUUGGACGGGCAGAUGCAUCUGACGGAGCAGAAUCAAGUUCGCAUGGUUCAGUCGCUUGCAGCCAUGGAUGGCCCCGUCGAAAGCGCUCUCUACGCUGACGUCAUCGCAGCGAUGACCGACGCGCGCGCGUGCCACGCGAACGACCUGCGCGGGAGCAGCCUGAACGCGGCGGUCGCAGGGCGACUGCGUGCGAUGGGGUACGACGCGGCGGUGUGCACGACGCAGUGGGACACGUCGCUCACCAUGCCCGAGGGUGGGUGUCACACGCGAGUGUCAAUCCUUGAGAACGCAAUUCCGGUGUGCGCCACACUCUUCCUCACCCUUCUUCCUCACGUUUCGCCUCGGUCGUACGAGUACAUAGACGUUCUCGUCUCCACAAAACCGCUCUCGCGCUUGCCCCCAUCCGCGUCCCCCUGUUCCGCCCGCGUCAGUUUUACCUCCCCCGCUCCAGCCUCCCCCUCGCCCACCUUCACCAGAACCACCCCCUCGACCACCGCCCCUCGCCCUUCUCUCCCCCCUUGCGCCGCCUCCUCCGUUUCCGCCGAUGGCGCUUCCCCCUCCCCCGCUUCCGCCGACGGCGCUUCCCCCUCCCCCACUUCCGUCACCCCCCAGCGCUUCGUCGUCGACCUUGACUUCCGCGCGCAGUUCCAGAUCGCACGGCCCACGCGCGAGCACGCGUCAGUGCUCGAAUCCACGCCGUUGAUCUUCGUGGGGCGGCAGGAGCGGCUGGCGCGGCUGGUGGAGGUGGUAUCUGGUGUGAUGAGGGAGGCUUUAAGGGCGCAGGGCAUGCACAUCCCGCCGUGGCGCAAGGGGGAGUACCUUCAUGCCAAGUGGAUGGCUGCGGAUGGAGGGCGAGAAGAUGGAAACAAGGGGAGCAGUGCGGGGGUAUAA